AUGUUCCUGGCGAGGCGAGUACUUGCCUCGCCGCGUGUAUCUUUAUGCUCGCGCCGAGUGAAUAGAUUCUCGCCUUUUUGGACGAGUCACGAGUCGGCCGAUGCAGAAAAAUACGGGCACCACGAAAUUCUCGCCACGCGUCGUUUCUCGAACGAGUCUGGCAAAAACGAGGCGAGUAAAACUACUCCACUCACUGUCCCCUCACGUGCAGAGGAGGAGUACGAGGAUCCCAGCGCUAAGCAGCAGCAGCAGCAGCAGCAGCAGCAGCAGCAGCAUGGCGCGGCGCAACAGGGGGGAUUCUCCCAGUCCAUCAGUCCAGCAGCAUCUCCCACGUCUCAGACGCCUCAAGGAGCGCCUCAACAGUUGCAGCAGCGGGAAUUCCCCCAGAGCAGCAGCGAGCGCGCAUCGCCGAUGGUGGAGCACAUUCGGUCCAUGCCCUCCAUCCCGCCCUUCUCUCCUCCCCCGCGCACAACAGGUGCUGAUGAGCAGCAGCGCAGGCGGGUAAUACAUGCACAGGUGCUGACUACUUUCAAGGCGCCUCAAAAGGGUGCUGACGAGCAGCAGCGCAGGCGGGUGCUAACGAGCAGCAGUGCAGGCGGGUACUACAUGCAGAGGGACGUGUUCGGGCGGGAGGGCGACUUCAUCACGUCGCCUGAAAUCAGCCAGAUGUUUGGCGAGAUGGUGGCGGUGUGGGCCAUGAUGGCAUGGCAGCAGCUGGCCGCGCCCGCUCUCCCUCCCCCUCCCUGUCCGCUGCUCUGCCCAUACCCACGGCCCUCCCUCUACCGCUGCCCCCCCAAUCAGAUGGUGGCGGUGUGGGCGAUGAUGGCAUGGCAGCAGCUGGGAGCGCCCCCUCGAGUGCACCUGGUGGAGCUGGGGCCGGGCAGAGGCACACUCAUGGCUGACCUGCUGCGCGUGAGUCCUCAACUCUUUGGAUCCAUUCCACGGUGUCACUGUUGCCUCCCCUCUCCUGCCCCGCGCACGCUCGCGCUGCUUCUCCUCACUUGCCCUUCCACGCCAAAUCCUCCCAUUUCUUGCACAUUUCACAGCCUUCACUUCAGCGGGUCGGUGGAGGUGCGUCUGGUGGAGGUGCGUCUGGUGGAGGUGCGUCUGGUGGAGGUGCGUCUGGUGGAGGUGCGUCUGGUGGAGGUGCGUCUAGGGCUCCACUUCGUUACUCUAACAUCCUCUAUCCCACCCCUCCGCUCUCCCCACCCCCUCCUCCAGUCGUCCGCCAAGUUCACGCCCUUCAGCGGGGCAGUGGAGGUACAUCUGGUGGAGGUGAGCCCGGCUCUCAGGCGCCUGCAGUGGUCCGCUCUCAAAUGCCGCCCUGCAGAGGCAGAAGAGGGGAGGGCGGAUGAUGGUGGGGCGCAAGGUGGGAGGGCGGGUGGUGGGGGAGCGGAGGAGAGGAAGGCAAGCAAAGCAGCGGCAGCAGAGGAGGCAUUCCCAGGGAAGGGAGUGUUGGGGCUGAGUGGCGCUACAGUCACGUGGCACUCUGCUCUGGAGGACGUACCUGAGGGAGUGCCCACCAUCGUCAUCGCACACGAGUUCUUUGAUGCCCUGCCCGUGCACCAGUUCCAAAAAACGGAGAGAGGGUGGUGUGAGAAACUGGUUGAUGUGGCAGAACCGGACAAAGAAGGCCAUCCAUCUGAAGCCCACUCCAACCCGAGCCAUGCACAAAAGGACACCAGUGGCCAUCCAUCUGCCGACUACCCUUUCCGUUUCGUCCUCUCCCCCGGGCCGACUGCGGCAAGCACUCUACUGGAGGAGCGGGCGGCAGCCGUCCACGUGGAAGUUUGUCCUCUAGCAGUGAAGAUUGCGCUGCAGAUCACGGAGAGGGUGGCGAGAGACGGUGGGGCGGCGCUGAUAGUGGAUUACGGAGAGGACAGAAUGAUAUCAGACAGCCUUCAGGCCAUCCGCAAGCAUGAGUUUGUGAGCGUGCUGGAUGCGCCCGGCACGGCGGACCUAAGUGCGUAUGUGGACUUCGCUGCCCUCCGCCAAGCUGUCACCGACUCCAAUUUACCAGCAAAGGCGUAUGGCCCCAUUACCCAGUCACAGCUGCUGGGGCGGCUGGGCAUCAACUUCCGCGUGGAGACGCUCCUGCGAGUGGCCUCGGAGCAACAGGCGGAGGCUCUCAGAGACGGGUACUGGCGCCUCGUGGGGGAUGGGGAACCCCCGUGGCUCGAUGAGGAGGAUGAGAGCCGCGCUUUGCUACUAGAAGUAGAAGCCAUGAGAAACUUCUCAGAUGCUCAGAUCUCAGUGAAAAGUAGCGGCAAUGACAAGUCCGAGACAUGGAUCAACCUUCCACUCACUCUCAGACACGAUCGCGGCUUGCGACUCGCUUGA